GUCGCGAUCACUCCAAACCGGGUUCCCAGCCGUGGUGAGGUCAGAAAUGACACCGGGCAAAAGUCCUGCGGGUCGAAUUGCGAGACGCCGCGGAGUCUGCAAAUUCCGCGCGGAUCGUCCAAAGCUGGGCAAAUCCAGAGGAAGGCACCGACAGACCCAGGAUCGGAUUCUUGCGGCCAAGACAGCAUGUCGAGCAUCAUCUUCACGAAGCCUGGGGCAACGGCAAGCCAAGAAACAUCGACCUUCCCACAGACGGACCCGAACGAGGACCAGCUAGCUUUUCCGGUUCAGCCAAAGCUCGUCUCACUUUCAGAGCGUAUGCUGUCCAAAGCCAGCCAGAAGCACUCCGAGACUGUUUCACACUCGGACAGAGGAACACGAGUGACCUAUGUUGCAUCAAAUGAUGUGCAUAAGCGGAGAUGUAUUCUGCAGCCAACAUCGUGGAUCCGAUUGUGCUGGGACGCAUUGGCUUUGCUCGUCCUGAUGCAAGACAUGAUCUUCACCCCACUGCAGGUCUUCGAUGCUGAAUACCUGCUGCAGGGACAGCUCUUCCAGAGGGUGAGGCGAGCCGUCUCCGAUCUGUUUUGGUUGGCUGACAUUGGAAUGAAUUUCUGCACAGCGGUUCAUGUGGACGGCGUCUUAGUCCAGGACCGCAUAGGCAUCGCACGUGCCUACGCCAAGUCGUGGCUGGCCUUCGACGUGCUGAUCUUGGCUGCGGAGAUUCCAACCAUCUUCCUACCACACGAGCUUGGCAUAGGCAUCAUUCGUAUCAUCCGUGUGGGCCGAGUGGAUCGUCUCCUGCGCUGCCUUCGGCUUCUGCGCCUGCUCAAGCUGAAGAAGAUUCUGGACACCCUGCCACUGGUUGUCGCUUUGAGCAGAUCCUUGCAGCAUGCCAUCGACGUGGGAAAAUAUCUGCUACUGGCGAUGUACAUGGGGCAUGUGCUUGCAUGCCUUUGGUACUUCAUGGGCAACGUCCCGGACGGUUGGGUGGCUGGCGAAGGACUACUAGGCUCUUCGCUAGCCAGCAAGUAUGGGGCAUCGUUGCAGCUUGCUCUCUCAAGACUUCCUGCUUCGGCUAUGCGCUGGAAUAUGGAGUUGCAAACAGAUGGCGAACGCGGAUUGGCCAUAUUCGCGACCUUCAUGGCACUGGCCUUGUCUUCCGUCUUUGUCAGCAAGAUGACCAACGUUAUGGCAGCCUGGCAAAAAAACAGACAGCGAAGGAAGCAGGUGCUCCAAUCUGUACGAGAUUAUUGUGCAGCACACAGAGUCGACUUCUCGUACGCGCUGAGCAUGCGAAAAUUCGUGGAACGCGAGCAUCUCCGGAAGACAGCACAGGAGGCCCAUUCCGCAUUGUUGGAUACUUUCCCCAAGGAGAUGCUUGAGAACCUCUUUCAUGAAUCACGAAAGUCUUUCUUGGAAUACCAUCAAUUCCUUUGGGGGCUAUGUGCUGCAGAUGCAUUCCUGGAGUUCAGCAUUUGCUGCAAAGCCAUGAAGGAGCAGUACAGACUGCGCCACGAUUGCAUCUUCAAUCCCAGAGAAGCUUCCAACGGAAUGCACAUCGUGACGACUGCACUUUGUGCCUACACUGUCCAGAGCAUGCCGGUGAUGCCGCGUUAUGGAACAAAUCCAGGCUCAGUUACCCAAAUCGCAGAGAGAUGCUGCUGUUUGCACCGCUGUAUGGGGAAUAAGCAGGAAGCAGACAUCCAAGAGGAUAUCACCAGAAUGAGCAUGGGAGAGUACCUGAGUGAGCAUGCGCUUUGGGUCGCAGGCUGGACUCAUCGUGGCAGGCUUCAGGCGACAGCGGACGGAUGGAUGAUGACGUUGCUCUCAAGCGAGCUGACGGAAACUUUGCGAGCACAUCCACGUGCGAUAGCAGAUGUCAUUCAGUACGCACGGAACUAUGCCCAGGUUAUCAACAAUUGUGUUGAUAUGUGUGAUGACAAGUUGACAGACCUUCCCCUCUGCACCGGCUCGGAGCCGCUGGAGGGGUCGCGGAGUGUGAAACCCCGACGCCCUCGUCUCAGCUCCGUUGCCCCAAGCUGA